GUUUCGCUCGCUUCAUGUAGGUGCAGCAAGAUGGCGGAGGCGGAGAUGCGAAAUGACAGCCACGGAGACUUCAACCUCACGCUGCUCACCACGCCGGCCAUGUCCACGCGGCUCGUCCUCCAGACCCCGGCCAAGCCCAUCAUCUCCGUCCAGACCGGAGUCCAGGCGCUACAGGAGGAGCAAUCCAACGGCAUGUCCAUCUUCUUCAGCUUGCUGGUCCUAGCUAUUUGCAUCGUGUUGGUCCAUCUGCUCAUCAAGUAUCGUCUUCACUUCCUGCCGGAGAGCGUUGCUGUGGUUUCAUUGGGAAUUUUAAUGGGCGCAGUGAUCAGGAUCAUAGAGUCUCAGAAACUGGCCAACUGGAAGGUAAGAGUGUCCAACAGGAUGCAUGGAAGACCCCAUUACUGCCCUCCCAUCAGUCACACCACUGGGGGUCACAGCCAUU